AUGACUUCUGCAACUUCACCUAUCAUUUUAAAAUGGGACCCCAAAAGCUUAGAAAUCAGGACUCUUACAGUAGAGAGGCUCUUGGAACCACUUGUUACACAGGUGACAACCCUUGUUAACACAAGCAACAAAGGGCCAUCUGGUAAAAAGAAAGGGCGAUCUAAGAAAGCACAUGUGUUGGCUGCUUCGGUAGAGCAAGCUACUCAAAACUUUUUGGAAAAAGGAGAACAGAUUGCUAAAGAGAGCCAUGACCUCAAGGAGGAAUUGGUUGUUGCUGUAGAGGAUGUACGCAAACAAGGUGAAACAAUGAGAAUUGCCUCUUCAGAGUUUGCUGAUGAUCCAUGUUCCUCCGUGAAACGAGGCACCAUGGUGCGGGCUGCUCGGGCCUUGCUGUCGGCUGUUACUCGCUUACUCAUCCUGGCUGAUAUGGCUGAUGUCAUGAGGCUUUUGUCCCACCUGAAAAUUGUAGAAGAAGCACUGGAAGCUGUGAAGAACGCAACAAAUGAGCAAGACCUAGCAAAUCGUUUUAAAGAAUUUGGGAAAGAGAUGGUGAAACUUAACUAUGUGGCUGCUAGAAGACAACAGGAACUGAAAGAUCCUCACUGUAGGGAUGAAAUGGCUGCUGCUCGAGGUGCUCUGAAGAAGAAUGCUACUAUGCUGUACACAGCAUCUCAAGCGUUUCUCCGUCACCCUGAUGUAGCAGCCACUAGGGCCAACAGAGAUUAUGUCUUCAAACAAGUACAAGAAGCAAUAGCUGGUAUCUCUAAUGCUGCACAGGCCACCUCACCAACCGAUGAGAACAAGGGGCACACUGGUAUUGGAGAACUUGCUGCGGCACUAAAUGAAUUUGAUAACAAGAUUAUUUUAGACCCUAUGACUUUCAGUGAGGCCAGAUUCAGACCAUCUCUCGAAGAGAGGUUGGAGAGUAUUAUCAGUGGAGCAGCACUGAUGGCUGACUCUUCAUGCACACGUGAUGACCGCCGAGAGAGAAUUGUUGCUGAGUGCAAUGCUGUACGACAGGCCCUCCAGGACCUACUUAGCGAAUAUAUGAAUAAUUGCAGGUAUCCAACAUGGCUAGAUAAGACCUGUAAAACUGGGAGAAAAGAAAAAGGGGACCCACUGAACAUUGCCAUUGACAAGAUGACCAAAAAAACAAGGGAUCUACGAAGACAGCUACGGAAGGCAGUGAUGGAUCAUAUAUCUGACUCAUUCCUGGAGACCAAUGUUCCAUUACUUGUUCUUAUUGAGGCUGCAAAGAGUGGUAACGAGAAAGAAGUGAAGGAAUACGCUCAAGUUUUCCGUGAACAUGCCAACAAGUUAGUUGAGGUUGCCAAUCUGGCCUGUUCUAUCUCCAAUAACGAAGAAGGUGUGAAGUUAGUCCGUAUGGCAGCAACCCAGAUUGAUAGUCUAUGCCCACAGGUAAUAAAUGCUGCACUCACGUUGGCUGCCAGACCCCAGAGCAAAGUAGCUCAGGACAACAUGGACGUCUUUAAAGAUCAGUGGGAGAAACAAGUGAGAGUUCUCACUGAGGCAGUUGAUGACAUCACUUCUGUGGACGACUUCCUCUCUGUCUCAGAAAACCAUAUUCUGGAGGAUGUGAAUAAAUGUGUGAUCGCCCUCCAAGAGGGGGAUGUUGAUACACUGGACAGAACUGCAGGUGCAAUCCGUGGUCGUGCAGCCAGAGUCAUUCACAUCAUCAAUGCAGAGAUGGAAAACUAUGAAGCUGGAGUUUAUACCGAGAAGGUACUGGAAGCUACAAAAUUGCUCUCAGAAACUGUUAUGCCACGUUUUGCUGAACAAGUUGAGGUUGCCAUUGAAGCUUUGAGUGCGAAUGUCCCACAGCCAUUUGAAGAGAAUGAAUUCAUAGAUGCCUCCCGCUUGGUUUAUGAUGGAGUUCGUGACAUCAGGAAAGCUGUUCUGAUGAUAAGGACCCCUGAAGAGUUAGAGGAUGAUUCAGACUUUGAACAAGAAGAUUAUGAUGUUCGCAGCCGAACGAGUGUUCAGACUGAGGAUGACCAGCUUAUUGCUGGGCAGAGUGCAAGGGCUAUCAUGGCUCAACUGCCCCAGGAGGAGAAGGCUAAGAUUGCGGAGCAGGUAGAGAUAUUCCACCAAGAAAAGAGCAAACUGGACGCUGAGGUGGCCAAAUGGGAUGACAGUGGUAAUGACAUCAUUGUGUUGGCAAAGCAGAUGUGCAUGAUUAUGAUGGAAAUGACGGACUUUACUAGAGGUAAAGGGCCAUUGAAGAAUACAUCUGAUGUCAUUAAUGCUGCCAAGAAGAUUGCAGAAGCAGGCUCUAGAAUGGACAAAUUGGCACGAGCUGUAGCUGAUCAGUGCCCUGAUUCAGCCUGCAAGCAGGAUCUGUUAGCAUAUCUACAGCGCAUUGCCCUCUAUUGCCACCAGCUAAAUAUCUGCAGCAAGGUGAAGGCAGAAGUGCAGAAUCUUGGAGGAGAACUUAUUGUAUCAGGGACUGGAGUUCAGAGCACUUUCACUACCUUUUAUGAGGUAGAAUGUGAUGUCAUAGAUGGGGGCAGGGCUAGUCAACUUUCUACCCACCUACCCACCUGUGCUGAGGGAGCUACGCUUGGGAACGGAAGCAGUGACUCCUCCACGCUGGACAGCGCUACGUCCCUCAUCCAGGCAGCUAAAAAUCUGAUGAACGCUGUGGUCCUUACUGUGAAAGCAUCAUAUGUGGCUUCUACGAAAUAUCAGAAGGUCUAUGGUACAGCUGCAGUGAACUCACCUGUUGUAUCUUGGAAGAUGAAGGCCCCCGAGAAGAAACCCUUAGUAAAGAGAGAAAAGCCAGAAGAAUAUCAGACACGAGUGAGAAGAGGUUCCCAGAAGAAACACAUUUCCCCAGUACAGGCUUUAAGUGAAUUUAAAGCUAUGGAUUCCUUCUAA